AUGGACGAGUCCGAACCCAAGGUGACGACGACCGAGGGCUUGAUCCCAACCAGUGAUGGAUCUGAAUCUUGGCCACCAAGACGGGAGGAUUUUGCAGAGAGCGCAGCUGGCGCGGCAAGAUCUUCCCAAUCCCAAUCCCAAUCUGCGUUUAUCCAGAGCUCCCUCCUAAACCAAUGCCUACGAUUUCUCGCAUCCGCUAACCAUGUCACUCUGGCUGCUUUGGGCGGAGCUCUCCUUGCCAUUAUAUAUUUGCUCCCGGGGAGACUUGCUCUAGUGUUAUUUGGGGUAUCCGUGGGUGUCACGCUUCAUGCCUCAUGGGACGGUUACAAAGAGACCGGAGAUGAAGCUGUGAAAUCAAGCCUCUCCCUAAGGCGACGAGAGCUUGGUAUUGAGGUGAUUUCUAGAGUCCUGCGUUGGCGCGAAACUAGAAUUACAGAUACUCUCAGUGAAUCCAGCAGUCCCAUAGACAAAUCGAUUAAUAACAAAGAGCCAGACUUUGCGGGUUUCCAGCCCGCAACAGCAGCGGCUCUGAAUUCACUGACUGACGCUAUCAUUCGAGACUAUGUCCAGUGGUGGUAUGGGCCACUUCUGAUUUCGGAAAGGGCAUUUCCACUGUCCUGCCGUUCGAGCCUGACCCGAUUUAUCAUCUCUAUAUCCUCUCACCUCUCACGCAAAAGGCCGGCUGAUAUCUUCCUCCAUUUCGUCACCAACGCCGCAUCCAUCGCCGUCGUAUUUUUAAACGAAUUUUCCGCUGCCUUCGAAUCCGCCUCGAGCAAUUCUACAUGGGAGGAUGUCAUCUCUUCGUACCUUAAAGAAUACCCCGACAGUAAUCUAGCGAAUGUUUUAUCAACCGACCAACAACGUGCGAAGCUCCGACUCGUUGCAACCGACAUUAUAAAAUCUUUUCUUGAGCCCGAUUUAUACAACUGUGAACCAGUCCAGAUUUUCUUUCGUGAGGUGUUCUCGGAUAUCAUAUUGGAAAGCGUAAUUGUGAAUUGCUCAAAACCGGAAUGGAUCAAUGGGUGGAUUGUGCGGCUUCUGGAAGAAGGGGAACCGGAAUUGAUGAAUGCAAUCGAUAUCGGCGUUGAUAGGGCACGACAAGAAGAAAUGCAGGCUUUUGCUGCCCGCUCUUUGAGUGAUGUUAAUAACAGUAGUAUGUCUGAAGAUUCUACAGAACAGGAUAUUGUCGUUGAAAACUUAAAAAGAGGGAAUGAAAACAAGGGCUUGACUAAGGCGCAAUUAGAAAUGGAAGAGGCCGAAAAGGAAGCAAAGCGCCUUAGUGCUCUCAUUGCCGUCAGCAAUGCUUACAAGAGUGGCGGACAGCCAGCGAUGAACGAAACUGGCAGCGAUCCCGAUCCCGAUCCCGAUACACAUACCAUAUCCUCUAAAAUUUUCGAUCCACAAGUGCCUCCUAUCCCAACUGAUGACCGCCGAAGUAGUAAUGACUCGGCAAGAUCCGAGAUGUCAAGGGAUUCUAAGGAACUCAGAGACGUUCGAAACUCAGUGCAUGAGUCGCCCUCGAAACAAGAAGACUUAAUUCAAACGAUUCUCCUCGGUGCUUCUGUAUCAAUCGUCGAUGACACUCUCCCAAACGACAAAGGGAAAAUGCGCGUGAAACCUACGGACGACUAUUUGUUGCAAAUUGAACCCUUCGGCUCCAGGAUCCCGGGCUGGGUCAUCGCCAGAAAGUAUUCCGAUUUUGAAGCCCUCCAUGAAGUUCUGCGCCGCAUAUCCGUUGUGUCCGGUGUAUCUGACUUCGUAGAACAGCACAAAGAGCUACCGCCGUGGAAAGGUCAGUAUAAACUAGACCUACGGCAAAGCCUUGAACGUUAUCUUCAACACGCUCUAAGCUUUGAGCGGCUCGCUAGCUGCGAGGCUAUGAAGCGGUUUCUCGAAAAGGAACGGGGGGGCCUGGGGGCGUCAUCGCUAAAUGGGGCUGGGAAAGUUGGAUUCUCUUUCCCCAGCCAGGCAGUGUUUGAAAAUAUGGGUAAAGGCGUGCUGGGGGUCCUGAGCAAUGCUCCGAAAGGGAUGGCUGGGGGUGGCAAGGCUGUGCUCGAAGGUGUUACGGGAGUGUUUGGAGCCAAUAUUGCCCAUCGGAAACGGUCGAUCGAGCUCGAGGCUACGAAAUUGGGGCAAGUUCAGUCUGUUUCGCGUUCGAGUACUCAACAUGAUAUUGCUCUUGAUGUUGGAUCAAGCGAAAAUGGAUCUGCUGAGAAAUCUCCAGUCUAUGUUACGCAUAGUCAGGACGGGAACGCGACUCUUAAGAGGGACCACGUGGCUCAACUAUCUCCUUCUCCAUCUAGUGAACAUAUUGAUGAGAAUCAAGAAAUUUCUCCUGUAGGCGGCGAGAAACGCGACCAAGCACCCACUACCAUAUCAUCUAAUCCUGCCGAUCAAAUAGACAGUGUUGCAGCCCUAGCACCUGCUAAGUCUGAACCAAACACGGAGCCCCGCAAAUCCACCCCUAAACCUUCCUCAGGGGAACCGCGCACUACAUCUCUUUCCGAGGAAGAGAUCACCGUCGCAGUCGAGCUCUUAUUCGCUGUCAUAAACGAGCUAUACGCCCUAUCCUCCGUCUGGGCCAUCCGCAAAAAACUAUUGAAUGCAGCAAAGUCAUUCCUACUUCGGCCCGGCAAUCCACACAUCGAGGCCAUUCGCCUCCUCGUCCAGAAAUCGAUCAUCGAAUCUAACGCCUCCGACGAUGCUGUGGCAGCUCGUAUCACCGUCCUGCGCCAAAAUGCGCUUCCGACCGAAGAUGAACUGAAAGAGUGGCCUCCUGCUCUGACUGAGGACGAGAAGAAUGAGCUACGCGUCAAGGCGCGGAGGUUGCUGGUGACAAGGGGCAUGCCGGAUGCUCUUACGAGUAUUAUGGGGCAAUCGGCGACGGUAGAGGCGUUGGGGCAUGUUUUUGAUUCGCUGCAGGUUAGCCGUGUGGCUCGGGGGUUUAUUUUUGCUCUGAUGCUUCAGGCCUUGAAGGCUGUGAUACAAUAG